AUGGCCUUGUCGCUGGAGGACGUGGUGGGGGAUGUGCGGGGUUUCCUGUCGGCCGUGUUCACGGGUUUGAACGAGGCUGCACUGCAGCCCUCCGCGGAUGACCUCUUCUGCGACCACUUGUGCUAUCGCGUCGAAACGGAAGAGGCCUAUCAGCAGAAGAAGAACCAGCUGUCGGAGCUCGCCACACUCCUCCACGAGGCCAUCAUCGGUGGACGUCUCGUGGCCACGUACAAGCUGAAGCAGCCCGUCGCCUUCGGAGAUCGUCGCAUCCCCUGCAUUGAGCUGCCUGCUCCCAAACCCGGGCUGGAGCACAUCGAGCUGGUCAUCAAGGAGAGUUUCGAGUCCUUCAUGGCGCGAAACGCCCAUCUGUCGUUCGAUACGAAGGCGAUGGCGAAGGGUAUCAACCCCGACAUCCAGCUGUCCAUUCCGCCAGGCUACUCUGUCAAGUUCCACCACAUGCCCCUCGAGGAAGUGGUCGAGAUGGAGAAGGCAAUGGAUGCCGCCGCUUCGUCCAAGUCCUAG